GGGGUGACACAAUUAUGUUUGGAUUGUGAUUGGCCACGACCGAAUAGGUAGUUUUCCGUGUCUGAUGAACAAUAAUUGUUAGUCAUAUUUCAGCUCAGUACGGUGAUCCAUGGUGGUAUAUAAAGAAGGGAAGGAACGGUAUAUGUAUUAAAUACCGUACACAAUUGCGAAUAGAACAAUCAUAUCGCCGAUCGCAGUGAGAUACUAUUGCAUCAGAAGAUAAUAACGGGGCAUUUCCUGCAUAAUGUAAAACGUCUUAUUGUGGCGCCAUACGUUUAAUCUCAACAAUAUCCCGCAUCUAUUAAUUACUUUUCAAGUUUCGCGAAGAAGAGAAAGAAGAAGAAAAAAAGAAAGAAGAGAAAUGACUACUGGGCUGAAAACGAUGGAAUUUCUACGACUAGGCCGACGAGUUCGUCGACGCCUAAAUGCCCGAAAUGUGAGUGAUCAUCUUCUUGCUGACGGUCAAGAAAAGAAAAAAAGGAUCGCUUUAAACAUUGACACGAAGAUGUUGAAGAUUGGAUUCAUAGGAGGCGGCAAAAUGGCUCAGGCUUUAGCCAGAGGUUUCAUCCGAGCUGGAUUAAGCAAAGGUGAAAUGAUGCUGGCUAGUUGCCUUCCAAACGACGUGGGCAGUAUAGAUGCGUUUAAGGAAAUGGGCUCAAAUACUGUAUUUUCUAACGUACCUGUAGUUGAUUAUGGUGACGUUCUGAUUUUAUCAGUGAAACCACAAGUGGUUCCGAUGGUUCUUCCAGAUUUAAAAAAUUAUAAAAAACUUUUACUUUCUAUUGCUAUGGGUGUUCCAUUAGCGUCGUUAGAAAAGGCAUUACCAGAGGGAACACCGGUAAUUAGGGUAAUGCCCAAUACACCGGCCCUUGUGGGUUGUGGUGCAACGGUAUAUGCUCGUGGAAAACAUGCUGGCGAUAAAGAAGCUCAAAUAGCAGAGCAAUUAUUUUCUUCUGUUGGUUUAUGCGAAGAAGUAUCUGAAAAUUUAAUUGACCCCGUUACGGCCUUAGCAGGUUCAGGUCCUGCAUAUGUAUAUAUGAUGAUAGAAGCUUUAGCCGAUGGAGGUGUCAAAAUGGGUCUCAUGAGACCAAUCGCGUAUAAAUUAGCUGCACAAACAGUCCUUGGAGCUGGUACUAUGGUUCGAGAUACGAAUACACAUCCAGGACAACUUAAAGAUGACGUAGCGUCUCCAGCAGGAUCUACGAUAACUGGAAUACAUUAUUUAGAAGAACACGGAUUAAGGUCAGCUAUAAUAGGAGCAGUUGAAGCAGCAACGAAGCGAUGCAAGGAAGUUAGUUCAGUUUCAGAGAAAAAUUAGAUUGAUUGAAAAUUUAUGUGGUAAUAGUUAAAAAAAAAAGAAAAUGAGGAAAGCAUUCUGUAAUUGUUAAUAUCGUAGAAAAGAAAGCAAAUCAUAGUAAUACUAUGUAAAAUUUCAUAAUUAUCGUGUUUUAUAAGAAAUAUGUAAUGUAAUUUUUUGAAGAAUAUUUUGUAUAUUUUGUACAUAAUUCUUUUAAACUGGUAAAUGUUAAAAUUAUUGUUGUACCUUUAAAGCGCAACGCUUAAACGUAGAUCUGUUAUUUUUUCACGGUAGCAUAUUUUGUAAUGAAAAAUAUAUAUAAAUAUGUGACAACA